GGUUGCCAGUCCGGUGUCGCCGAGCGGUUAACCAAAAUGUCCAAAGCGCUUAUGUUCACGAUCGCUUCUCUCGUUCCGCAUUCGUUUGAAGUUACGAAGGUGUCUACGCGUCGAAUUAAUUCUGUUUUCGCACACAUAACACAGGAACAGACGAUUAAUUUAUAAUACACGGUUUUAAAAUGUUUGAGACACCGUUUACUUCAAACUGCGUAAAAAUGAAAACUCUUAAACAAUUGUAAUUGUUCAACUCCUUUUGCGUGCGACACAGCCGCCCUAGUAAGCAAUAUUCAAAAAUUUGAUUUCAUGAAUGUUUGUACCUGAUCUGCCCGAAUAACCAAUGGAAACCGAUAAAUACAGAAGAAGUACUGAUAGCAGAAAGAAACGUCAAAAGAAGACAAUGAAUAUAGUAUAUACAUCACGAGUCACUAAAAAAAUAGAUCUUUAAAACAACCAUGAUGGACGAAAUUCAUAACAAAGCUGUAUGCAAUGAAUCUUUAGAAGGAAAUAUAUUAAGCUUAAAGAGUAACAUGUCGAUUCCAAUAGACAGCUGCAAUAAUUAUACUAAUCAUACGGAGUUGUACAUAGAACCUACAUUAUUAUACGAUGUGCCAGUAAGCAUAAUUCUUCUUCUGUCAAUGUUCUAUGGAACGAUUUCUGUCAUGGCAGUGGUUGGAAAUGCUUUAGUAAUAUGGAUUGUGACGUCGAGCAGACGCAUGCAUAAUGUGACCAACUUGUACAUAGCAAACUUGGCAUUAGCCGAUAUCGUUAUCGGUCUGUUUUCUAUACCAUUUCAAUUUCAGGCCGCCCUGUUGCAACGAUGGAAUUUACCGGCUCUAAUGUGUCCGUUCUGUCCGUUUGUACAAGUGCUUACAGUCAACGUGAGCAUUUUUACCCUGACCGCGAUCGCAGUUGACCGGCACAGAGCUAUUCUCAGUCCGCUCAGCGCAAUACCGUCGAAAUUCCGAGCAAAAAUGUCAAUAGCCGCCAUUUGGGCGAUAGCUUUUGUGCUCGCGACGCCAAUGGCUAUUGCUCUCAGAGUGCAAUUUAUCGAAUACGGAGAUAGAGACGGCCGGAAGUUGGUGAAACCGUUCUGCUACAACGUCCGGCUUCCAGAGCGCACCAUGCUGUUCUACAGGCUCACACUUCUGUUCGUCCAGUACCUGGUACCUGUCGUCAUCAUUACGGUUGUGUACAUGCGAAUGGCGUUACGGCUGUGGGGCUCACACGCCCCGGGAAACGCGCAGGACAGCAGAGAUGCGAAUCUGAUGAGGAACAAGAAAAAAGUCAUAAAGAUGUUAGUUAUUGUUGUUGGAUUGUUCGUUUUAUGUUGGUUACCAUUACAAACGUAUAACGUACUUCAAGAUAUAUUCCCAUCAAUAAAUCAGUUCCGUUACAUAAACAUUGUGUUCUUCUGUUGUGACUGGUUGGCAAUGAGCAACAGCUGUUACAACCCAUUUAUCUAUGGAAUAUACAACGAGAAAUUCAAACGCGAGUUCCGCAUCAAAUUGCGGCACUUCCGGCGCGGCCGUUUUCGCGGAAAAUCAAACGCGAAUAACGGGAGGUCACCCUCGGUGCGGUCCACCACGUUGUCCGAGUGGAAAAGAGGAUAUUCGACGAGGGGCACGAACAGGACGACGGCGAACGGCGCGUGCGUGGACAGCCCGCCACCUAGAAGGGACGAGUUGGAAAUGUUCGUGUGCAAAUCGGGCAAGAUCACGUUGAUCAAGUGCGGCAGCCGUUCGGACCUCGAAGAACUGUGUCUGUAAAAAAAAGUGUCAUGGUUUGAUUCUAUAUGUACCAAUGGGUACCUAUAUACCGAUAACGCGGUACAACUUGAAUAUUGUGGUUACAAUACAAUGACAAUAGCCCAAAUUGAUGAUGGCCGAGCAGGACUAGCUUUGUAUACGUCCCACGACCAUGAAUACGACAAUAAUAAUAAUGAUAACAACAACAACAACAACAACAACAACAACAACAAUAGUAAUAAUAAUAAUAAUAAUAAUAUUGGGUUUACUUAUAUUAUAUUAUAAUAUAUUAUAAUAAUAUUACGUCACCGUGUUUGUUCUUGUAAUUAUUUGCAAGAGUGAAUACUCCUAUGCCCGGCUAUACGUAUUAUAAUUUAUAAUACCAUUAUUUAUUAUUAUUACGAUGCAGCAACACGGUUUUACGUAAUAUGUAAUAACAAAAGUAUAUAAUACUGUACAACAAUUCUGUAAAUAAUAGAAACGAAUAAUAAUGUGUUUAACACUGGUGGAAGGUUUUUUUUCCUUUUUGUAUAUUAUUAUUAAUAAUAAAUAUGCUGAGUGAACGUGCACACCCCCGUUUUUCUUUAAUAAUGGAUUUAAUCAAAUUGUGAACAUUGACAUUGUUACUGGGACCAUAAUGUUUUCAAUUAUUAAAAUCUUUAUUUAAUUUAGGGAGUAUGAUGUGGCUAUACAAACAUCUUCUUUCAAAUGAGAAGGAACACGUUGGUUUUUUAAUUAUUCAGCAGCCGAUGGCUUUUUUUUUUAAAUAUUGAUGCAUCUAUAUCAAAAUUUGAAUGAGUAGUGUCUGAGUUAUUAUUUUAUAUGCUAAGGAUAAUAGUCCUUAAAAAAGGUUUUAAAAAAAUAUAAAACUGAUGUCAUUUUUGAUCUAAUAUACUUGAAUAUUUUUACAAAUAAUAAAAUGUCGUUUGAUUAAUAUUAUUAUUAACUCGAGUUAUGUAAAGCCCACAUAAUAUCUUCCAAAUCAUUAUCAUGGACCUAUUAUCCUUAGUAUACUAAAUUAAAAACUCAACAACUAAGUACUCGUUAGAAUUUCAAUUUGUCGAAAAAAGUCAUCUGAUAACAACUUACGGGAAAAUGGGAUGAUUGUCGUUUAAAAAAAAAUAGGUAUCGCCACAAGAAAAUCCAAAAGUCUAAGUACUUUAAAAUAUGGUCCUUAAGUAUAUAUUUAAAAGUUUCAAAAAUUGACAUUUGAAAAGUGUUAUUAUUGAAGGAAAGCGGGGGUAGCAUGCUCGAUGAAUCACCCUGUAUCUACACAAUAUGUAUUAUAAAUUUGUUCAUGUACGAUGAUAACUUACUGGUGUGAAUUAAAAUAAAUAUAUUACAUUAUGUUAUAAUAUUUAUAUCUAGUGUCCAGAAUAUUCAUUUUACCCCCUAUACUAUUGAAAUACAAAUAAUAUUAUACUAUUGAAAUACAAAUAAUAUUAUAAUAGUGACAUAGAUUGGUAUUAUAUUAGAUUAACCUUUACGGCUUGAACACAAUUAUUUGUAAAAGUUAUAUAAAUAAAAUGUUAUAAUAUAAUAUCGUAGAAACUUUACAGUCACCUACUAAUAUUGUGGCAAAAUAUUGGACCAGCGUUUAAUGAUUUAAAUCGAUUGUAUUAGCAUAGCAUGUUAUAAAGUGUGAAUUAUACGUAACUAUCUACAUAAUAUUUAGGUACCUACACUGAAUAUCAAUCAUGAACUGAAUAUUGAUCGUAUUAUACUUUAACAAUGUAACUACAAUAUCUGUAAUACCUUAUAAUGUACUAUUAUAAAAUAAUGUAAUAUAUAUUAUAAUAUUAUCCAGAAUCAUGAAUUACCGUAAGGAAUUUUACUUUGUUGAUUAUUCAUUAUAAUUAUUGUGUAUAUUAAAUUUACUGAUACAUCGAUUUCUGGUAGAAACAAGCAAAUAUUAAUUUUUUAACACUGCGUAAGACAUGUAUAAUACACAUUUUCCGAUAUUUCAAACAAAUUCCCGAUAGAAAUAUAAUUAGAUAUACUCUGUAAUAUUAAAGAUAUACCUAUGUUGUAUUAUAUUAUAAAAUAACUUUUGCGACUUUCAAAAACAACUCUGAAUAGGUACCUAACACAAUUCACUUUAAUAAAUAUAUAAUUAUAUAAAUUAUACGUUUUGGUUGUUUAUUCGGGCAAUAAUAUUCCAUUUGAUGGUAAUCAGAGAAUAAUAUCAAAUUGUAUUUUUUACUCUAAUAUUUAUAAAGUUAUGGUAGCUUCACAUGUCUAAAACAAUAUUUAAGUUUUAUCUUUUCUGAUAUUUUGAAUUUAAUGGGCACGAAACAUGUCAGGUUUGAAAUCACUCUCAUUAGAACUUUUCUGUAUUUCUACAAAAAAUAUAUAUAUUUAUUAAGAUAGUGUUAUUUAUUUAAUUUAAAUUACAUUAUAUCAUUAUUUUAUAAUUAAUGUAAUACUCUUUGACCUUUGUAUGCUAAUUAAAUUCGUAGUCUCUUCAAGAAACUCUUCAUUAACCCAUCAGCAAAUGCAGGUAUUACUUCAGCGAACUGUCAACAUCCAAGUCAUCAGCUAACAAUAAUUUAAUGAUAAAAUUGUAAAAUUAAUUCCAUAAAAUUAUAAAACAUAUUUUGUUUUCAAAGUCAUAAUAUAGUAAGUUAUGUUGUUGAACGCCUUUAAUUGGGCAUUUAUAUCUUACCUCUAAUGGAUCGUGCUGUACACAAUAUGCAGAUUCAU